ACUUAUUAAAAAAAAAAUAAAUAAAUAAAUAAAAAUCUAAAAUUAUUUAAUUUAUAAAAUAAUAAUAAACAGUAAAAGUGGUUAUUAGAGGCCAAAUAGUGUUGGGAGAAAAUAUUUACAAAUAAAAGGAUUAUACGAGCUGGGUGACUGGCGACGCUUGCGAGACGCAUACAACAAGAGUUCAGCUAAAGCAAUCAGUUAUUUGAUUACAAAAAGGAGUUAAACGAUAUAAGACUGUGUUUUUCAUAAAAUAUAAGUACCAACAACAAAUAUGUCUCUAGCUAGUGUGCAUGGACCACAGUUUACUGAUAUCUGCAGUCCACUCGGACGCAGUAGUAUUAGUAUGUCGUCAUCAUUGUCGGAUUUGGUGGGUAGUCCAUUGGAGAUAUCCGUUGAUAAUGUUUUAACCAUUGAAGAGCUCAGACAACAUAUGGGCUCAUGUUUUACUUGCGGUGUAUCAUGGACGGAUGAUCACGUCUCGUUGGAUUGCAGUGAAUGCGGUGGCUAUAGUGUGGAAAGACCUUGCCCUUUAUGUGAUGGCCAAUGCGGUGUACAAUGGAAACGUGAUUUUACUAUGUCUCACGCAACUGGCAAAGCACGUUGGUUGGGUGUUUGUCCCAGUUAUCCGGAAGCUGCUGCAGCCGCCGUUAACAAUGUUGCCAAUACCGCGGCCAGCUGUGCUGCCGCCGCAGCUACUCAGAUGCGUUUAGCUACCGAACUAUGCGCCCGCCUCGAGCAAUUGUCGGCCUCAGCGAGUUCAGCUUCAACUCAUAUAUGAUUCCUUUAACCAUAUAGUGAUAGUUGUGCAGAGUUCUUAGCCGUUGCCGCCGCCGCCACCACCACCACCGCCUCUCAAGCAAUCGCUAACUGACAGACUGACUGAAUGGCUGGAUUGAAUGUUUGCUUUUAUCAAUGCCCUGUCAUUUUUUCCGAGUAAGCCAUUCGUGUGUUUAUUCUCUACUCGUUCAAAGAAAAUGGGGGGGCAGGUGUUCUUUAAUACAGUUCUCUGUGUGAUCUGCAGCUCAAUAUAAUUCAUGAUGAUUUAUUUUAUACAUUUAAGAAUUUAAUUUAAGAGAAUCACUUUUUCUUUUCUUUUUUUUUUUUGUUUUUGUUUUU